UCCGGAGAGCAAGUAGAAUUUACAGAAAAGGGACGUCCUUUGCUUUCCUUGUGCGCAUGUUCGUAUUCUGCUAUGGCGGAGGGAAAUUUGGAAUACAAUCCUGAAAAAAAUUAUGAUGAAGAAACACUUGCUCAACAGAGGGACAUUGAAAGACAGAUAGCUGAGCAGAGUGACCUAAUAAGCAAGCUACUGACACUUAAAGAGCUAGUGGAGGAAUACGCCAAAGAGGAUGAAGUUUACAGACUUAAACUAGCUGAUUUACAGAGCAAAUACACAUCUGUCCGGAAAACUAGAGGUGACGGAAAUUGUUUUUUCAGGGCAUUUGGUUUUGCUUACCUUGAGAAAUUACUUACCGACAGAGAUGAUUUGAAAAGAUUCAAAGAAGUCGCCAGUAAGAGCAAAGAUGAAUUAAUUACUCUGGGCUUUCCACAGUUCACAAUUGAAGACUUCCAUGACACUUUUAUGGAUAUCAUAGCCCAGGUGGAGAAACAGUGUUCUCUGACAGAUCUAUUACACACGUUCAAUGACCAAGGGUUAUCAGACUACUUUGUUGUCUAUUUGAGAUUGAUUGUAUCAGGGUACCUUCAAAAGGAAUCUGAUUUCUUUGUGAACUUCAUUGAAGGUGAUCGAACGAUAAAAGAGUUCUGUAGUCAGGAAGUGGAACCAAUGGCAAAGGAAAGUGAUCAUAUUCAUAUCAUAGCAUUGACCUCAGCACUGGGUGUUCGAGUCCGAGUGGAAUAUAUGGACCGUGGUGUGGGCCCAUCUUGUAACCACCAUGACUUUCCAGAAGAUUCCAGACCUCAAAUUCAUCUGUUGUAUCGUCCCGGACAUUACGAUGUUUUAUAUCCACACGAAACAUGUUGACUGCAUGUUCUGUCUAGAUGUGUCUACUCGUUUAUAGUGCUUUUCAAAUCAUCAACUUCAUCUGCAUGGCAUCAUUAAUUAAUUGGAUAUUAUUACUAGUUUAAUAGUAUGCCUGUUAUGAGAAAAACUUAACAUUCAGAUAUUAAGCAAGGAAAUUCUUUGCAAGACUUGUCUUUUAUAACAAAAACAAAUAAAAAAUUUGAUGCUGAAGAUGUUGAUUGAAAACUAAUGAGACUGUCUGACAGUCUAAUUGUAAAUAUUUGUUAAUGAGAAAUAAAUGCUUUCUUUUAUUUUGUGCAUAUGAUUUGUGUGUGUUUUGUGCCAUCUUAUUUUUGUGAUUUGUAUCUUUGACAGAGUGUCUGUAACAUUCCCUGAUCGAAAGGAAUAAGGGAUCACAUAAAUAGUAACUGCAACCAAAGGCCUCAAUCCAUAGGGUCAGAAGUUGACAGUCGGUUACACUACUGACAUUCAAUACCACAUUACAACUUUGUAAUAUACAGACAUUACCACGCUAGUAGUAAAUAAAAUUGGGUCUACAA